AUGGACGCACGCAUCCGCGCCAUCGUCGACGCCAUCCAUGCCAGCCCCACGCAGGCUGUCAUCUACCUCGCCGGAGGUGCCUCUCAGGUGUUUCGGUCUCUCGUCAUCUGUUUCUUAGUUUCCCUCGCUAUUGCCGACUCCCGUCAACGGCAGGUAUCUAGAGGAUUCCGGCGGUAGAAUUCUGAAAAUUGGUUUUCUUUUUUCGAUUGCUGCCUCCAGGCGCUCGGGUGGCUGCUGUCUGUUCCAGGAGCUUCUAACACUGUUCUCGAGGCUUUGGUUCCCUACUCCAAGACCUCCCUGUCCCAACUACUCGGCAAGGUAACACGCCCUCUUCUUCCCUACGAAUAAUUUUCCCUAUUCGACAUCUCUUUUCAUCUCGAACCCCGACAACUUGUUUGUGUGUCUGUUUUAGUUUUGUCCUUUCGAUAUGUGCGGCCUCUUGUUCCAUAUUUGUCUGCCUCUUACCAGAAGAGCAUUCAAGCUCUGGAGUGUGGUGCCUUUGAUGGAAAGAUGAAAAGAAUCGUUUGUCUGGGUACGUCUUGAUGCGGGGAAAGUUUGUGCAUUAUUUAUUGAUUGAAGGUCUUGGGAUCGAAUUCAAUUAUAGCCUGAUAGGCCGGGAAAGUUUGUGCAACCCUGCCAAGUUUGAAUACACAUAAAACAUAUUUGUUUCCCUAGGAGUCAUUAGAUGCAAUCUCUCGUUUGUAGGAGGAUGGUUUGUCCAUCAUCUUCUCAUUCUUAUUUUCUAUUAGUCGCUUUGAUCCAUUCCAAAGAGGUAGCCAUCCGGUGCGUGAGGAACUUUAUGAGCAUUUAGUUCGACAUCAGACCUAGGUUUUCCCCCUAAAUCGCCAUUGAUAAUUCACUCAAUUAGGAAAUACAAUUCAGGCUGUGGCUUAUUGAUGCAGUGUUAGUAAUAAUAAUGGACGAAUAUCUGAGCAACAAUAAAUUUCAAAGAAUGAGAACCUUACCGUAAACCGCAGUAUAAACAAGGAGGAUGAAGAAAAAUUAUGUCAUGGAAAACCGUACUACAUCAUAUUCUAAUUCUUUUUUUAAAAGGAAGAAUUUUCAAAAAUUGCUUUUGUACUAUACUUUUAAUCUAUUAUUGAGUACCUCAGGUGGAUCGUACCUCUGAAAACUGCUUUUAAGGUUUACAGUCUAGCCGUGUGCUGCCUUUUAAUAUUUGCUGGUCCACUUUAUUCAUAUGGGUUGGAUUUACCGCACUGAGGUACUUCUUGACUCAUGAAAGUUUUGAUGUCUUCACAAGGCCUAAACAUAGGUGCUUCCAAUCCAUAUCUGCUUCUUCACAAGUUUUGAUGUCUUCACCAGGCCUAUCCAUAUAGUUUAAAAAUACGAAUACUCAUAACUGGACUAUGUUAUCAUCAAGGCAAUCUUAGAGCUCAGCAAAAGGGUUAUUCAAAAGUCACAUGAAAGAUAUCUACCACUUUUUUGUUUUGAAUUCUACUUUGUCACAUGACUGCGACAUUUUUUUAUUACAGAAGAUUGUUUUCUUCUCUCAAACCCAAGAAACAUCAGAGAGCAUAUUUCGAAAAUGGAGUAAAUAUGAAGAAUUCAUGUUAUUGCAUAUUUGAAAUCACACUUCUUUGUGUGGUUUAACGUAUCUUGAGCUAAGAACAGAUUUUUGAUGUUAAAAGGAACUGCAUUCUUGUCUUGAUUUAACAUAAGCCUUAAAAAUUCUAACAUUAUUGUGAUCAGUUUAGUUUCUUAGUCCAGCUUAAUCACCUUUGUGGGAAGUGCCCAGGUUCUUUAGGACAUGAUGAUUUAAUGCUAAACUAGAUCUAGUUUCUGUCCUUCAUAGGAUGCUGGAAACACAUAUAUUAUUGCGCAAGGUGUUUCUAUUCCCGUGUGUUACUGCUGAGCAAUGAAAGCCUAUCAAAUCCUGAGAGAACUGCUACAGAGAUAAUUAUAAAAAAUGUACGAUCUAUUCAUGUACAAAGUGUCUUGUAGGUUAAGAGUUCAGACAACAGUAUCUCGUAGGAUUAGGGUCAAUUAAUGGUAAUGAUAAGAUCUUAGAUUUAUGGAGAAACCACAACCAGAAAGGUCUGGUUUCUUUGCAUAAUCUUAUUAGCUAAUAUAAGACGACAGAGGUUAGGCAUGGUACUAAUGCUUUCCAAUCAAAGAUAGCGUGUUUUUCUCAUUCAGGUCUUUGAUGUCAAUGCCUUUUGUCUUCUGGGAAAUUAGUUCAGUUAAUUGUAACCUGAAAUGAAUUUUCUUCUUUAGGAGCUCACUGUUACAGAACUUCAUAGGAGUGACUAUCAGCUCAUGUACCAGAGUACUACAUAGGACCAUUGGAUUUUAGAUAAUAGGCAAUAUGUUCUAAUGAUUGGAUCCCAGGGAUACCCUCAUCUAUUCACGAGGUUAAAUUGCACAACUAUGCUACCAACAAGGUAGUGUACUCAUCGUGCGAAUAGUGCAUAUCUUUAAAAAGCUCCUUGCUGGUCCAAAACUAUGUUGACUGAAACUUUGGAACACUUUCUAUGGGGAUUAAUGUCAAGCAUCAUGACAAAAGGAAAGCUUAUCCAUAGUCAUGGGGCCAUCUAUUACAGACAGGAAAACACCAGAUUCUGGUGGAAGACUCGAUAUGGUCCUGGCAAUAGAUGAAAUAGUAUCAUUGACACUGAGGCGAUCUAUUUCAGUAUCUUUUCUGUAGUGUAUGUCCUAUAGUUUCAUUUAAACUAUUACUAAGUUCUAUGACAAUGGGACCAUACAUUUAGUUCACUUGCUGUUCAAGGUCUCGGUCUAGUGUUGUAACCUGCCAGCAAACUUUACCUAUUUAAUUCAGUGGUCUGGGUCAGAUGAAGAUGGACUGUCUUGAUUGGACCAUAUGUCUUAAUUCAGUGUAUUGUUCCCAUGCGAAUUAUCAAUUAAUCCCCUCUAUAAUGCUUUUAGAUUUUUGUUCACAUGUGAAUCCCUCUGUAACAUCCCAUGUCUCUAUGUUACAUGCCCAUUGGCAAAGCUUAUUGUACAAAUUAUCGUAUUAUUUCAGCAGACAAACUGUUAAAAUCGCUGAAGUUGCAAUGUAUCAUAAAAAAUAAGCUGCUUAAUGACUAGGGGUCGUUAACUCACUGCCAAAUCUCUAACUCUGCAUACAGAUUGUACGAAAUACGGAGUUCUGCAAUUAAGCCCUAUACCUUUCACCAAUUCUUCAGUUUGUGCGUUGGUUAUAUGCAUUUACCAUCAGCUGUCGUUCUUUCAACAGAAGCAAGGAGCUCAAUAUACAGUACUUAGAAAAACAGCCCUAAGAAGAUAACAUUAUAAGUUUUUUUCUGUGUUAAUCUUUCUAUUGGUAUGGUGUUCUGAAAAACGGUCAGUCUCUUUUGGCAUCAACAAAAAACUUGCAAGUAAAAUAUCUUGCAAUUUAUUUCUCUCUUUCGUCAAUGAUCAUCUAAGAGGAGAGGACGGUGGUGGCGUUUUCAUCUAGUUGUACUAUUUGCUGUUGUUUUUUUCUUCUGUGCUUUUUUUCUGUAUGGUAACGUUGGGCUUGGUUGCUGCUUUCAACAUAAUUGUGUUAUAGACCGCCUUGAAAUAAUAAGUCACAAAAAGUGCAAGCCAUUAGAUUGUCGCUUAUCUAAGUUUGUUCGAUAUAUCAUUAACAAGUGCAUAGAAUUUGUCAGAGUUACUAGAUAAGAUGAUCUUCAACAUAAUCUUUUGAUUUAUUACCUAUUUCCAUCAUGUUUUUUCUUUUUACCUUCACAUCCUUGGAUUUUCCCAAGUUUUUUAACUUUAGUUUUCUAAUCUCGCAUCUCUUUUUGUUGAGGUAUGCCCUUAUCUUCACACUUGCUUUCCUUCUUCAAAAUGACUGCCCCAUGGUUUUUUAAGUAUCUUUUGAUUUUUCUCCCCGUCAGUUUGGCUGUGCCACAGCCUGCUCCUAGUUUUAUCUCUUCAAUCCAGUCUAAUUUGCAAAUUUAUAGUAAGUCUGUGGGCAAAGGUUAUUGUCUUUUUGUGGACUUUUCAUACGUUCUAAUUCACAAGCAAGCACAGACAUACUAGACAACAUAGAAAGUAGAAGAAAUCUAAGGUCGCAUAUCAUUAAAAUCGUGUAUCAUCAAUAGAGUUUACUUUAUUCAGUUGGCUACUACAUCUGAUAGACCUUGACUUGGGUAUGUGUAAAUUAUGAUGCUAAUCAGUAACUUUGAUUAACGAAUCCUGGUAAUAGAAAGUGGUCUUGUUGUCUUAAAUAAAGGCAUUUCAAUGCUACAUAUUGUAUGUUGGAUUUAUCACUCUGUUUCCUUACCUAUUGAAUUCUAGGUUCCUUCGCAUUUCACUAGCCAAGAAGUUGUGGAAGAAAUGGCAGUGUUGGCCUACAAUCGUGCAUUGAAGCUGUCUAGACCAGGUUCUCGUUCUUCAAUGGUUUUUUAGAAGGCUAAAUCAUAACAAUGUUUUUCUACUUUGUUUAUCUGCUUCAUUCAUCCUUCCGUACCUUUUGUUUAUCUGAUAUCAAACGGAGUUGGCUAAAUUUUGGUUCAAGGGAAUUCCUCCUAGAAGACCUUGGUGUUCAGAUUUUGUUGAAGUUAUGUUAGAAUAUUCAAUAAGUUGUUAAUUCAUUAGUCUCAAUUUCAUCAUGUUGAUAGAAAAGAGGACGAGAAGACACCUCAGAUAUGGAGAUGGCGGGUGUUUUGUACCUUAAACAUAUCACAUAGAAAGAUCUAGUACAAGUGUGCUGAGGAUACAUAAUUGAAGAUAAAAUAGAAAGACAUCAACGCAUUCAUGUUCUUGGCAUUCUCACUCAAUAAAAUUACAGAUACUUGUCAUGUUGACCUUGCAUAAUGUUGUGCUGAAGUCGCCUUGUGUAAAUCUGUCAAUCUAAAUAGCUAAACAUUGGCCAUUUGAAUUGACAUACGACUCUCUAUGGAUUUGAGCUUCGCUCAAAUGUAGUGGUGAUCAAUUUCAAUAUGUUUUGUUGUAUCAUAUAUAUUUUUUUUCAUAUCGGUGACUACCUUGCUAUUGCGAUAUAACUUCAUAUGCAACUUCAUUUAGACAUCUUGAAUAAAAUCUUAAGCCAUAGGUUCCCAUCAAUUUUAUGAGCUGUUACCUAAUAUUUUUUUUGCACUUGAUGUGGCUCAUAAAAUUGCAUCUCUUCUCUAGUAACAAGGUUUCCACCAACAAAGAGUAUAUCUCCUAUGAUCAUCCAAACCCACUUGCUAACCUGAUGUCUAUCCUUCAAGAGAUGGCAUUUUCUAGAGUACCACAAUCCUUACUUAGAACCAACUGAUUUAGUAUAUCUUAACAUUCGUCUUAUACCUUGCCUAUCAAGAGCUUGUAUACGAUUUAAAAGUAGUCAAUCCCUUUUUUUUGCACGAAUAUGAAUUAAGUUUAUUUUCUGACCUCAGUGUAGAAGACUAAUUCAUCCUCAUUUUGAUUCUUACAAUGACUUGGGACCAACAUUAGGUAGAUGAUCGUCAAGCUGAUGGCUCCUGCUUCAGUGAUAAUAUCCUUUAUUCUGUUCAUAGUAAUUGCCUUUUUGAACUUAAAUUGAAGGAAUAUGUAGAAAACAAGGCAGAGGAGGUACUUAUCAUUGGGUUUGUUUUAAAGUUGAUAACCUCAAGUAAUGGUAAGAAGCAUGGUAGCAUUGACGGCAGAUUUGUUUAUGAUUAGUUUGAAGUGAAGGUUUAGUGGCGCCUUUAUAAAAUUUUAUUCAACUUUGGGUUAAUCUUCUGUAUGAAGCUUGGUCAGAACGUUUAAUGAAUGAAAGUGAUGAGUUAGUAUUCAUCUGCCAAUGUAUACAAAAAAUAAGUUAUAGCGUUUGCAAAAUUCGAGGUAGAACUUGAGUGUUGAUCCCUGAAAGUGAAGUGUGAACACUUGUGUAAAGUGUCGACUGAUGAAGCCUAAGUUUGGACAUUUGAGAGCAAAAUAGAAACUAGAAAAACGUAGGGAGAAGCGACCCCUAUACCUUAGGUGUUGACACUUGGAUAUGUGUUUGAACUAAACCUCAGAAUUUUUAGCACCUAUAUAAAGAAGAAAAAUAAGUCUCAAAGGUCAACCUGUGAUAAGGCAGGAUUGUCACACAAUUAUAGCUUGUAGUCUGACAGAUUGACUCCUAGCUUUUUCAAGUUAUAUUUCCAAUUUUUACAUCACCAUGCCUUGGCUUGAUUUAUUUUACCCAGUCCUAGUUUAUUUCAAUAAUGAAAAACCAUAACUUGGGAACUAGAUGCUAGAUCUUUAAAAGAAGGGCUCUUGGAUUAUUGUUUAUAAUACUAUAACCUUUUUGAACUUCAUGGGCUUCAAAUUUUUAUUCUCUUUUUCAGUGUGUGCACUACCUGCCAAUAAACCAACCUUAUAGUUAACUUCCUUGGCUUUAUUUUUUUCCCUUUCCCCCUUUGAAGUUCUGCUAACAAUCGCAAGACAUUCAUUUUUAGUUAAAGAACCCUUUGUCUGAUAUUGUGUUACCAUAUAUCAUGUAUUUCCAGUUCUGCCAAAAACCUUUUUUUGAAGCAUCCACGUCUCACAUCUGUCUUCAUAGAAUCAUGCUAACAGAGAUAAAUAACCCAGAGAUCAUAAUGCUGUAUUUGAGAAGCCACUCUUGAUCUUUAAAUGCUUCUUACUUCUGGCUAUAGAACUUCCUCUUUAUGUAUCCUUAUUUACCAUCUUUAUUGCUGAAAUGAUAGUCUGCAAUAAACUAGUGCCAAUAGAUGAUGUGCUAUUAACAAAUACUUGAGUUGCUACAUAUCAAGGUUCCCAUCACGCUAUUUUACGUGAAACUCUGUCCUCAAGAACAGUCCAACCUAGUUGAUGAAAGAAGAGGGCAAUACAAACUGUGGUAGGCCAUUGGAAAACUGUUAGGAUCCCCGAUUGGGGGUCUUAACCAUAGCACCCAGCAGAGACAACAACAAGAGUAAGGAUUAGGGUAAGAGCUAAAGAACACUAAAGUAGUAAUGAAGAAGUAGCAAACCCACCCUAGAACAAAGAGGUCUUUUGAGAGGAUCCCCUAACCCUCCUGCGGCUGCAGCCCUAACUCUAGUCAGAAUACCCCCUUCUUCUCUCCCAACCCUCUUCUAUGAAAAAGAGCCUCCUCAGCCAAGGAGAAAGACUAUAGUACCCUUUAAUGGGCUUGACCCAGAACCCCUUUUAAGGUUUCAAUUCAUCUCCUCAGUCUCUUUGGGGACUUGUCUUGGGCUCUUUUCUAUGUCUCGAGUAUGUUUGACUCCCUUGGAACCUAACAUUACACCCUACUGCCAAAGUCACCUUGUCCCCAAGAAUAAACUCUGGGAACUGUCGCUGUAAGGUAGGAACCGACUCCCAUGUGGCUUCUUCUUUAGGAAAGUGGUCCAACUGGACCACGGCUUUGGUCUCUUCUGUAGUGGAGCAUAUGUUCAGGACCUGUUGAGGGCUGAUGUUCCAAUUGAGGUCAGCGUCCAGUUGUGGUGGUAGUAGAAUGCUAUGAUGUGCUUCUCCAAUCGCCUUCUUGAUCUGUGAUACAUGGAAAAUAGGGUGAAGUUGGGCUGUUGGUGGGAGUUGUAAACAAUAAGCUAGCAGACUGACGCGCUCUGUGAUUUGAUAUGAUCUGAAAAAUCGUGGAGUGAGCUUCUCAUUUGGUUGGCACACAAUGGACUGUAGGCAAUCGGGGCGGAGCUUCAAAUAAACCCAAUUGCUGACUAAUAUGCUGCACUUCCUGAUGCUUACCAUCUGCUUGCGCCUUCAUUUGAGCCUGUGCUCGUGGCAGGUGCUACAUAAGAUGUAUGAGGAUCUCAUCACGAUCUUUUUAUUGCUAAAUAAUAUUUGUGGAUACCUCCUCUCAUGUGUCUACUCUAAUCAACGAAGGAGGGUUCUUGCCAUAAAGAAUUUUGAACGGGGUGAAACUAGUUGUGAAAUGAAAGGCUGUAUUAUAUCAAUGUUCUGCCUAUGCAAGCCAUUUACUCUAUUUUCAUGAUUGAUUGCCUGAAAAUAGUGAAGAUAAGUCUCCAAACAAGGAUUUACCACCUCUGUUUGGCAAUCAGUCUGUGGGUUAUAGGCAGUGCUGUGCUGAAGCUUGAUUCUAUGUAGUAUGAAGAUCUCUAUCUAAAAAUGACCCAUGAAGAUUCUGUCUCUGUCCAAAACUUUGAAGAGAGGUGUCUCAUGUAAUCGAAUAAUGUCAGGAACACCAACUACUCUCUGGGCUGUGUAUAGGUGUUUCAACAACGAGAAAUGAGUGUAUUUGUUGAAACAAUCAACCACGGCCAUAACACUGUUACAACCAGAGGACUUUGUAACCCAUCAAUAAAAUCCAUCAAUAAGUCAUCCCAUACCUGAUUUAGGAUUGCUAAAGGCUGGAGUAAUAUGCUGGAGAUAAGGUUUGAUACUUAUUUUCUUGAUAGAUUGAACACUUGGCUACAUACUCAUGAACAAUCUUCUUCAUCCCAUUCCAACAUAUGUCUUGGACAUGUCUUAAGCGCUUCUCAUGUGUUGGGUGGUCCUUGUUGUAAAUUAAAUUAUCAUCAAAGAACACUAAUAGCAAUUUGUGGAGAAAUUCUCAGAAAACUUAAUUAAUUUGAGAUUGGAAUGUAGAUAGUGCAUUAGAUAGUCCGAAAGAUAUCACCCGAAACUUGUAGUGCCCCUCAUGUGUGUUGAAGUUUUUUUUUGGGAAUAUUAAACUUUUUCAUCUUGAUUUGGUGGUAACUUGAUUUCAAAUUGAGUUUGGAGAAGAUUGUGGGCCCAUAUAGGUCAUCCAAUAGCUGAUUGGAUACAUAAAGAUCACUCAUCUAUCACAACCCAGAAGAGUGGAUCUACUGAGCGGAGAUCUUCUUUGCAAUACAUUCUAUGUCAUAAGCAGAGAAGAUGAUGGCGGCUAAGUUGAGCUUUUAGGAGGAGAAUAUUGCCUGGUAUCACUCACUGGAUUGAUGCCAGGUGCCCGUGACUUUGUGGGACCUUAAACAGCAUUUGAUGGAAUGCUUCAAGUCUACCCAAGCUGGGACUCUUAGUGAGUAAAAAAGGGAUUUCAAGUUAAUGUCCUCUUCAAUGGACGAGUUACAAGAGAGGGUGGGUCCUCAAGAGCACCUUCAUUAAAAGGCUGAAGCAUGAGGUUCGAACAAAAGUCAAACUACAUAAUCCCAAGGACCUAAAGGCAAUCAUGCGGAUAGCACAGCUCGUGAAGGAGAGGAAGAAUGCACUAUGACCUGCAAGAGAGAAUGCAGGGACCAGAAUCACAAAGCCUAACCUCUAUAAUGGAAUGGCCUCUGGUCUGCACAGGUUUCCCAUAAGGAAUGGAGACUAUGCCAAGAGGAGACCGACUGAAUCUGGUCUCCAAUAAGAAACACAAGUGGAUAGACUCAACAAUUGAGGGUCAAGAGGCCCAUCAGCAAGAGGAGGCCCAACUACACCUUUUAGAGAAGGAACAAAGAGGCCUCUCGACCUAAUGGAAGAAGAGUUGCAGUUCCGGCAUCCCAAGGGUCUAUGCUUCUCAUGUGACGAGAAGUUCACACCAAGGGCAUGUGUGCGAACGGGAGCUUCAGGUCCUUAUCGUCCUUGAGGAAGAUCUAGAACAAGAAAUUCCAACAUAAUGGGUAGACACAAAAGUCCACAAACUGGAGGCUGACAUUAGGAUAGAAUUGCAGUCAAUGGGGUAUAUCAAAUUGUCACGCAAUUCAAUGGUAGAACUGACAGAUUCGGGGAUGCUAAACCUUUGGAGAAAGGCGAAUGUAAUGAGGUAUCAGUCUUAAUGGACAACGGCGCAACACAUAAUUUCAUUUCUAUGGAAUAAGUUCAAAAAUUGUGCCUGCCACUGACCCUCACAGCGAAUUAUGGAGUCAUCUUAGGCACGUGUGAAGGUGAAGAGCAUGGGUAUUUGGAAGGAUUUGUUGUUAGAGUUGUCUGAGUAAAGUGAAGGAGAUCUGAAUAAUACUAAUUUGAUUAUAGGAAUGCAAUGGCUGAAAUCGUUGGGGCCUAUGGAGAUCAUUUGGAAUAAAUACAUUUUGAGCUUCAGCAAAAGUGGAUCCAAGAUCACACUCAAAGGGGACCAAAGUCUAUGCAUGUCAAAUAUUACCUUGAAAUCCUUAGCAAAAGAGCUGCAACUUGGGGACAGCUUCCUAGUAGAGCUGUAUCAAAUCACUUCAGAAGACAAAGUGGCUGCAAAGCAAGUAAUGAUCAAAUUGAACCAGUAUUCUGUUGAUCUGACGCAACUUCAAUUGAAAUUUCCGGAGAUAUUUCUUGCCCCUGUGGGCCUACCACUAGAAAGGGACAUUGACUACACAAUUACAUUACUUCUGGGGACUACUCCAAUCAACGUCUGAUCCUAUGGGUACCCCAGUUUCAAGAAAUGUGAAAUUGAGAAAUUAAUCAGAGAGAUGUGUACAGUAGGAAUCAUUUAGCCAACUUUUCUCAGCCAAUAGCAGUAGGAAUCAUCAUCCAAUAGAUGAAUCAUUCACGCUCAUACUUUAGAUUUAUCCAACUUUUCUCAGGUUUCGCAACUGUGCUCUGGGGAUGCUACUGGAAAUAGGAGUCCACUAAAUUCUUAAGACGAAUUGUUACCAACUCAAAGUUGAAAAUGAAGAACAAAGAUGAACUGAAAAGCAAUGGAAAAAACAUGUCUGGCGUAUGGCUGACAUGAUGUGCAUGAUUACCAGGAAUAAAGAUGGCAUUGUUUAGAGCAGAAAAUUAGAUAUUACUUGAAGUAGGGUUCAUUGGCCUAAGGCAUCUGAUAGUAGUAAUAAUUUGCAUUGUUGUAUUGUGGUGUUUUUCAUAUUUGUGUUUGUAUUAAUAAAGGUAUUGAUUUUAUAAAGAUUUCCAUGACGUUUUUGUGUGUGGAUUAUAUUUUUGGUUGCUGAGCCAUUUUAAAGAUUGCUGUAUGCUUUUCUACGGAUUUUGGUUUCUCACGAGUUCCCUAGGUGCGAAUUCUUGUAUUAGUGACUCAGAUAGAUUUAUUGGGUUCGAUGUCCUGAGACCAAAUUUCAGCGCAGCAUUUCCUAGCAUCUUUCUGUUGAUUCUGGCUUCUACUUUCCUUUUAUGUUUAUUAACUGUUAUGCUGUGAAUUAUAAAGUUUGAAAUGUUUUAGUUCAAUUCAUGUCAUAGUUCAACUCUUGUUGACAGGCUGUCCAGUUCUAGGUGUGGGCUUUUCAGGCUCUUUAGCUAGUGUAGGUCCAAAACGUGGAGGGCAUAGGUAUGCAUUUCCUGUCUGUUUAUUUAUUAACAUAAUAGAGAAACUCCAGAUCCACUGUUUUACAUGUAAUAGUCCUUUUGUGCACACAUCUUCACAUACAGUUUCAAAUAACACAUUUUACGAACUAAUUUUUAAUAAUUCAUCUAGAAGCAUCAUGAACAUAAUGAUCUAUUAUCUAGUAAUUCUGCAUUUCCUUUAGUACUUGAUUACCAAACUCUUUUUUCAAUGAUGAGCUUAUAAAGUGUAUCGAUGUUAUUAUUUUGUCAUUUUAAUAAGAAACAGGGAUCUUACUGCCCACUUGGGGUAGAUAAGUAACUCGCAUCUACAAAACUAUUCGUAUUGGAAGUGGAAAAUUGUAAAAACUAAUAUGCAUAUGACAUAAGGUGGUUUCGAAACUUUCUAAAGUGCCAAUUGUAGAGAAAAAUGUUUUUCAAUUAACGACGGAAAGGCAUUGACUUUAUGCCUUGACAAUGCCUGGUAUGAAUUUUAUUUUUGUUUCCUAGAUGCUUUUAGCUGAUUGUCACUUACCUUACAUUAAGUUUAUUUUAUGAAAUAUGCCAACAUUUUUCAUAUGCGGUUAGGAUGAGUGGCAUCUUGUUUCUUGAAUUUGUGACCAUUUAUCAUUAAGUAGCUCUAAUGUAAUCUACAAGAAACUGCCAGCCUUCUACAUUCUGUGCAUCUUGCUUCUUGAAAAAAAUUAGGGACCUGUGUAGGUGAAUGAUUUGUUCUCAUUUAGGAUGUCUACUCUUUGUCAGAGAUGGCAGCGACUGAAAUAGAUUUGUGGAUUUUUCCGUACAUCAUAGUAAUAUCUAUCAAGAAAUAGUGAUAUUUCCAUGGAUAUGUGAUUGCUUAUUGGACUAUAAAAGUUUUUUGACGGAUGAAGUGUGGAUCUAUCAGAGUCAACUUCUAUCUUUCUAAAUUACUCAAUUUUGUGGAAUGUGCCCUUGUGAUUAAUUUAAUGGCGAUGUCUAUUUGAUGCUGUGUUUUCAAUCCUAUUCUUUUCUUAGGUACCUGAAUUCUCGUUUCUCAAUCCUAUUCUUUUCUUAGGAUUGAGAGCACAACAUUUGAUGGUGAUGUCUAUUUGAUUCGUUUCUUAGGAUUUUUCUCAAUCCUAUUCUUUUCUUAGGUACCUAAAUUCUCGUUUCUGCUUCAUCAUGCAAUAGAUUUCCGAAUUCAUGUUUCUAUCUUUGUUUUUGUAUUCUUUUCUAUUUUUUCCAUUCCGUCUCGUCUAUGUGAUUACAUUGCAUGCCAUCGUUAGUGUUUUACUAUCUGCUGCUUAAAAAAUAGGAUUACAUGAUUUUACUCUCCACUUCCAUGUCAGGACCAAAAAAUAUCCGGUCAAACACAAUCGUCUACAUGUCUUUCAUUCAUGAAUUCGAGUUAUUAAAUUAUGUUUGCAGGUUUAUCGUAUCCACAAGGACAUCCAGUCGUCUGUGGGCAUCAAAUGUAACAUUAUUUAAGGUACUUAACUCGUCAUCUUAUCUCAGUCUUUCACUUUUUUUACCUGAAAAGCUUGUAAAGGUUUUGGUAUUGAUUAAUUCAUAUAGGGUCUGCGAAGUCGUGAAGAAGAAGACACGAUCUCUAGCAAAUUUUUACUGAAGGUAUGGCUUGUUAAACGUAGCUAUCAUUUUUUUGGUUUUUAUAAAUAUUUAUCUAAAUAAAUUUCCUACCUGCCUUUUUCUUAUUAUUUUUGCAAGAAUUUGUAAUCGCAAAAAAUAUUCCAAAAUUUACCCAGUUUUCGCAUUUAUUUCUUUUCUAAUUGUUCAUGAUUUUGGAUCUGGGUAAUAAACUCGUUAGCCAACGGGUGGUUUGUUGUUUGUAUAAUCUAAGGAGGGUAUUUUAGUCUUUUUACCAAAUUGAUAUAGUACCUGGAAAAUGUUCCUGAGCUGGUGCAUACAACUGUAGCUCCUCUGCUAGUUUCUCUUGCUUUUUGAAUUCUUCAUUUCACAACUAUUAACUUUGUUUUUUUUGAAUGCGAAAUGGGGAUGCUUAGGGUGAUUUUAUAGCUGGACCUCAAACCAACAUGAUUCAUACCGAAAGUCCCACCAUUAACUAUAAAAAAAAAAAGAAGAAAUAAAGGUAGACUUGUGAUAUGUCCGAACUCAAAUGUUAUAGGCAUAUGCAGCAUUUCUUACGCUAUAUUCUCAAUUCCCUACAGAAUUCUUUAGAUUUAUUUGAUCACGAUAGUUUGGUUGUCAUAUUUGCCAAAUGAAGGUCAACCAUUCCAAUUAGACGGAAGAUAUUUUGUGCACAGAAUACCAAUACUCUAUGCUUCUACUUCCUACUCACUCUUGCCCUGUCAGUCUGAGGUGAAUCUACUGUGUGUUUGCCAAUUUUUCUUCUCUGUGAAAGUCCAUGUCAUGGUUUAAAGGUUAACCACUGUUCAAUCGACAGUUCAACUGAUGGCUUGGGUUAGUGUUGAUUGCUAUGGGAAGCCUUGGAGGCAUGAUAACGAACACUAAGGAUCAUUUUCAUAUUCGGUAACCAGACAUUUCAUGCUCAAAUCAUACAUUGGAAAGUUCUAAAUCAUGCCCAAAGUUGCAUGUUCAACGUGGCCUUUUAUAUAAUCGUUCUCUUUUCUUGUUUGCAAAAAGUUGGGUGUGCUUUUUUUCUUUUGAUUAUUCCAUGGCAUUUCGGAUGUUUUACAUAAUAUUGGUUCGAACUUUCUUCCUCGUGUUCUUAUCAUAAUAUUUCCUUUUAUGCAUAUUAUGUCUAAGGCUAUUGGAGAUGCAUGCCAAGUAUGUGGUACGUCUGACUCGGAACUAACUGAAGUGGAAGAUUCACAUGAAUUGGAAAAGCUGUUUGACGAGGAUCAAGAGUUACAGCAACUUAUUAAUGGGGAAAUAUGCAUGAAAGUAUAUCCAUUUGGUAAUUAUUGAAAUAUUCCAGUCACUUACGACUACAUGAGAAUAAUUAAGUUAUCCGUUUUGGAGAUAAAUCUUAUUCAGGUGCAUGUACUUUCAGAUACUUGUACGUACAGUUCAGAUCAAAAGAUUAUACUUUCGGGAUCAUUUAAUCCCUUACAUGAUGGACACCUAAAGCUUUUGGAAGUGGCAUCAAGGUUAACAACUAAUUUUUUACUUCCACAUACUGAUGUAUGCAAGUUGAUUGCAGAUCCUUAGUAUUUGUCUGGAUCAUUUCAGUUGUAAAGAAAAAAACUGGAUCAUUUUUAGGAUUUUCUAUGAAGAGAAAAUUCAUCUCCAUAUAGACAAGACUAUCUUUAUGACAAAUUAAGUACUUGAUGACCAAUUAUUUUUGUGACUCUAAAUAAUUUAGCUGCAUGUCGACAAUUGCUUAUGGUUCUAUCAUGAAAUUAUCUCUUCUUACCUAAAUAGCAGUGUGAAAACAUUCAUGAUUACGAAAAAAUGUUUUAACUGGUUAUGCUUUAAUAUCAGCUUUUUAACAUUCUGACUAAUUUAUGUCUUCUGUAGUAUGCUUUGCAAUAGGGUUCCUUGCUUUGAGAUUUCAGUUGUAAAUGCGGAUAAACCACCAUUAUCAAUAGCUCAGAUCAAAGAGCGAGUGAUUCAAUUUAAGAAAGCUGGUGUGUGCUUUUCUGUCUCAAAUUCCUUUUUAGUGCGACAUAUUUAGUUUUAAUUAGACUCGUUGACAAUGAUUAAUAUUUUACGAGAUUUUUAUAUUCUUUGAGUUUUUUUUUAGAUUCAUGUCUAGUGUUUUCACUUCUAUAUGAAAAACCAGAUCCAAUAUCCUUCAUACGAAAUGUUGACCCAGGCAUGAAUCUCUGGUACUGAGACUAACAUAAUAAAGGGAUAAAAACAAACCGAUAUGAAGAUUUAGAAGUAUUAAAUAUUAAAUAUUAUGGAAUAAUUAAUACUGUGUUACCAGAAUCCAAUAAAAGUUUAAAAUUUAUGUCAAUCAAAGAUUGUUCUUUUAUAACUCAUAAACCUGAAAAAUGUAAAAGAAGACAAUUAUCAAAAUAGUAUCGGUAAAGCAUCAACAAACAACCUUGAUCAAAUAACAUGUAUAAAAGUCACCCGUCAGGUUAUAAACUUUAUUUAUGAACUAUUUCUGUUUUCACAUACUGCAAUUUUUAAGAUGCUCUAUGUUAGGAUUACUGACUUGUCAUGUUUCACAUUGAUAAUAUUAUAUAAAUUGCAUGCUAUGUAUAAGUUUUAGAUUACUCAUUCUAUGACAUUUAUAUCUCUAUUUUUUCACAAAGAUUUUCAAGGCAUUGCCUAAAUGAUGCAUUUCCCUAGGCUUCUAGAUCCCCCAGGUGAGAAACUGCUUGGGUGCUCACCAAGGUUGCCUUACCUCUGCUCUCCAACUCAUAUUGUUGUGAUUCUAGCUGCGAAAAAAAUGUUUGCCUUCUGAUCUAUUGCUAUUUAUCUGCAGUUGAAUAGUGGACUUCAUGUAAGGACAAUCUAGUGGUGAUUUAAACGGUUAAGAUGAUAUUUAUUGCAUAUAUAUUAGUAUUUACUAUAAAGAGUUAUUUAUUAAAUAGAGUUAAUUGUUUUCAAAAAAAGUGUUUACUUAGUGUUGGUUCUUAUUAAUUCUUUUUAAAAUAUAUAUAUUUUAAUAUUUUGAUCUUCCACACUUAAAAGAUUUUUAUUUUUUUGCAAACAGAAUUUUUUCAUAUAGCUAAAGAGAAUAAUGAAUGUCACUAAUCCAAAUGAUUUAUUUUAGACGUUUUUGUAUGAGAUUGAUGGUCUUUGGCACCUAAUGUAGUGUCAUACCUCGGGUAAUACCUGGUUCACUAACUUUUAUUCUACAGUUUAACAAUAUAAAUUAGAUGUUCUUGCCUUCUUGGCUACAUAAGUUUUCUCUGUCUGGAGAAUUCAAAAGUUUGAUUUUUAUAUGUGUAAACUAUGCAAUAAUUUUGCAGUUUUCGUAAUGCCAUGGUGAUUGUUUCUCUACACAGGGAAGACAGUCAUUCUAUCAAAUCAGCCAUAUUUCUACAAGAAAGCUGAGUUGUUUCCCGGUAGUGCAUUUGUUAUUGGUGCAGACACUGCCGCAAGGCUUAUUCAUGUAAGAAAUCUGAACUUGUUGUGUAUUGAUGUUCAGAUAAUACCACUGGAGACAUAUAUGCCCGUUUGUGUCUAUACUUCAUGAGAUUGAUAGUUAUAAGUUGGCUAUAUAAUGAUUGUCAACCCUUCAUGUUUGUUCUUUCUUUGUUAGACCCAUUAUAUAUAAAAAUGGUUUACACUAUAUGAUGAGCAUUGUUUGAGAGAUAUACAUCAUCAGUAAAAAUGUAUCACUACCAUGCAUGUGAGUUUGGGAAUAAACAACAGUAUGAUGUUAACUAUCGUCAUACAUUUACUCUUGUUGCUGAUAUGAAAAUGGUUAAAACUCUUUUUGCACUUGUUGUCUCUAAAUCAUAUCCCAGCUUUCAAAUGGGCGCAAAAAAUACAUUUUUUAAUGGUGACGUGGAUGGAGAAGCAUUGAUGACGUGGCAAUAGGGAAAUACAUUGAACUCACCGUACUUUAUUUGAAGCAUGAAAAAAUCUUUACUGAUAUGUUCGGACUGAUUCAUUGAGUUGAGGACUACCAUUCUACAUGCAUAAUUUUAAUACAGCUGACAAGAUCCGUCUCUCUUUUGAGAAUGGCGUUCUAGUGGUCUUGCUCUCUUAUUACAUAAGUUAAUGUGUUGUUGAGUUCUGUGGAUGAUUCCACGAACGGGGCAUGUUAAAAACAUUUUUCAAUAGUCAUUUCGGAUAAAAGAUGUGGGUUAUUCAUUCACUUCUUGGAUGAGGCACAUAGAUCCCCAGUUGUAUUCUUUUUGAAUCAGCGCAUCCUUGUGAAGCUUGAUUUCUUUCUCUUGAUCAGAUAACAACACAAUUUAAUUCACAUAUGGACGCUAAUCUUUUGUUAAAAAUUUAUGAUCACUGUCAACGUUUUGUAAGCUUCUUAUGUUUUAACUUUACUUGGCCUGGUAUAUCCUAUGCUAUAAAUACAGCGUGCCACUUCAUGAAUGAUUCUUUGUCAUUGACACUUUGCCGCGACUCAUAAGAUUAUUCACUACCUGAAAGGCACUUCUCAUCAUGGAUUGCUCUAUAGGCUGAUGCAGAUUCCGUUCGCUGUCCUAAUCUGAGAUGGUUAAUUACGUCUGAUGCAGUCUGGCUUUCUGAUGCCAUGGUCAUUGUUUUCUAUCUUCGGUCCCAAUACCACACCUUGGUUGAGACGGGACUCAAUUUGUUUGUUAGAAUACAUAUUCUCGGAGAAAUUUUACCAUUCCCUGAUGGUAGAGGCCAUGGAUGAUGCCAUGGCCAGCAGAGGAGAAGACAACAGAAAACAGAGACAGGCAUAGGUGGACAUCAAUGCAACAUAUGUACGGAUAUUUUUGCCUCCCAAAUCAUGCUAUGUCCUCUUUAAUGAAACCAGUCAGACGUCUAGUUUAAUUUCCCCUAGGUUCUAUUAAGGGUCUUGUCUGGUUAUUUUAACUGCUCGAAUCAGGUCCUUUAAUAUUUAGUCGGUUUUUGCAUUAAUUAUGAAUGUGGAUACUAGGUAAGUCGCUGUUUAUUCCUUAACUAGUUGAGGUUGAGAGUCGUGUGCAGCAUAAUGAAAUAAUUUUCUGUAGUUCUGUCCGUCAUGUAAAUUUCCGUCCCUAUUCGCAUUAUUUGUGAAAAAUUCUCCCUUUUAGAUUCUGGGGUGAAAUCUUUAAUGAACUCAAACCUGUCUUUUUCAGCCAAAAUAUUAUGGAGAAAGCUAUCACCAGAUGAUUGAAAUCCUGAAUGGCUGCAAAAGAUUAUCUUGUACAUUCCUCGUUGGUGGUCGAAAAAUUGAUGGCGAUUUUAAGGUGUGCCAUGAUGAAGUGACCUCAAAUAUUGUUCUUUGACAUCACAGGGAAAACCUUAACAAAAUGUGUAUAAAAUUAUCAGGUUCUUGACGAUUUAGCUAUUCCAGAGGAACUGAUGGACAUGUUCAUCUCGAUACCCGAGGACAGGUUCCGAUCGGAUAUAUCAUCGACAGAGAUAAGAAAAAGCCAUGGAAUUUAA